AUGCCGGGACGCACUUAUUAUCCGGCUGAUAUAUAUUUCCAUAUCGGAGCACCGCCAAGGAUGAGACCUGGCGUACAGUUGCCCAGGCCAUUACUUAUCGAAGUAAGUGUCGAUGGCGCAUACCUCAAACGACAGCACUACCGAAGAUCAAAAGUGAUUUUUGUGUUUGGAGGUCCUGGCUUUGGCUCGCAUGAAGUUAUAGGCGAGGUCAUGCCUGUUCUUGAUCCUAAUAACCCGGAUCAGCUGGACAAGGCGUACAUUCUUUUUGAAGUGUCGCUUCCAAAUCUCCCAACCUCAUACACGGGCUCUGUGGAUUGCGUAUUGGAAAUAGUUGCCCUUGCUGGAGGCCGGGUCAGAACGAUUGGUCAAACUUAUAAAGACUUUAUUGUUUACUCUGACUAUGCUCCUGUAUCACUUCCUCCCACUUUUAUUUUCGAUACUAAGCGUGAACCUUGUAUUCUGGAAUUGUUCAAAGGAGCAUUUGGAAACGGGAAAGCCUAUGAAGAUGCAUCAAAAGGCAUUAUAUCUCAUGCAAUGUAG